GCGCGAACCCCGGCGGAAGGGGGCGGGGUCUCGGCUCGACCCGCCCCCGCGGAAGGAUACGGGCGGCCGCUGCCCAAAACCCCAGGACGAGGCGGUCGCGGCGUGUGAGCGGCUCGUCCUGCGGCGCGUCUACGCCGUUCGCGCGGCCUCGGCCGGGCCUCUGCGCCGCGCCGACGUCCUCGCCCGAGCGCUUUCGGCGCCCCGAGGGCCGGUGCUCCCGGCGCGCCCGCCGCCGCCCCCCGACAGGGCCUCGGGGCUCUGCGCGGCGUGUCCUCCCGUGUCCGCGGCCGCGCGGGGAGCCGGGCGGCGAGAGGCGGCGCAGAGCCCGGAGGCCGAGAGCCCGCGCCCGCCGCCGCCCGCGAUGCUGCUCUCCAAGUUCGGCUCCCUGGCGCACCUUUGCGGGCCGGGCGGCGUGGACCACCUCCCGGUGAAGAUCCUGCAGCCAGCCAAGGCGGACAAGGAGAGUUUCGAGAAGGUGUACCAAGUGGGCGCCGUGCUGGGCAGCGGCGGCUUCGGCACGGUCUACGCGGGCAGCCGCAUCGCUGACGGGCUCCCGGUGGCUGUGAAGCACGUGUUGAAGGAGCGGGUGACCGAGUGGGGCAGCAUCGGCGGCGUGGCCGUGCCCCUCGAGGUGGUGCUGCUGCGCAAGGUGGGCGCGGCGGGCGGCGCGCGCGGCGUCAUCCGCCUGCUGGACUGGUUCGAGCGGCCCGACGGCUUCCUGCUGGUGCUCGAGCGGCCCGAGCCGGCCCAGGACCUCUUCGACUUCAUCACGGAGCGCGGCGCCCUCGAUGAGCCCCUGGCGCGCCGCUUUUUCGCGCAGGUGCUAGCAGCCGUGCGCCACUGCCACGGCUGCGGGGUCGUGCACCGCGACAUAAAGGACGAGAACCUCCUCGUGGAUCUGCGCUCUGCCGAGCUCAAGCUCAUCGAUUUCGGUUCGGGCGCUCUGCUCAAGGACACGGUCUACACCGACUUUGACGGCACCCGAGUGUACAGCCCCCCGGAGUGGAUUCGCUACCACCGCUACCACGGGCGCUCGGCCACCGUGUGGUCUCUGGGCGUGCUGCUCUACGACAUGGUGUGCGGCGACAUUCCCUUCGAGCGGGACGAGGAGAUUCUCCGGGGCCGCCUCUUUUUCCGGAGGAGGGUCUCCCCAGAGUGUCAGCAGCUCAUUCAGUGGUGUCUGUCCCUGCGGCCUUCGGAGCGGCCCUCACUGGACCAGAUUUCUGCCCACCCUUGGAUGCUGGCUGCAGACGGGGGCACCCUGGAGAGCUGUGACCUGCGUCUCUGCGCCCUGGACACGGACGAUGGGGCCAGCACCACCUCCAGCAGCGAGAGCUUGUGAGGAGGGGCCUGCACCUGGCUUGUGGGACUGUGGGACCCAGAAGGACCACCUGCCCCAACUUGGCCCUGCAAGAGACCACAGACGGACUCUGCUUGGUCGCCUGCUCUUUGCGAAAGCAGUGAACUCUGAUCUCUGGUGACCUUUGCCUUUGGCACUGGGCCGUUUCCUUUGCUUUGAGUGCCUUUUCGAUCGCUGCUCUCACGGACUUGGUUCCUCAAGCUCUGUCUGCCCAAAGACGCUCCGGUCAGAGCGAGGUUCCCCUUGCCCUGGGCAGGUGCUUGAACCUGAGACUGUCCCUCUCCUGUGCUGCUCUGGGAGGUGGCCAGCCGGCCCUCAGCGUCUCCCUGUGUGACCAUGUUGGACCAGGAGCACUCCCAUGUCCUGUGGCCUCAUCUCACCGGGGACACAGGGUCCCUGUGCCCAUCCUCCCGAGCCACCCUCAUCUUUCGGUGUUUGUCUGGGCAUGUCUGUGCACAAGCAAUGCAACCUUCAGGCCUCUGCUGCCCGCGUGCACUGCACGUGUGGACGUCUUAUUUAUGGUGUGACCCCCGCGGAGGGCUAUUUAUUGUUUAAUUUAUUUGUUGAGGUUCCUCCCUCCCAGCAGCCCCACCUCCACUAGGCCUUCGUGGGCGGAGAGGGGUGGCUGUGCUGUGGACCCAGGUCCCCACCCUACCUGUGUCUGUCAGAAGAUGGACUUGUACAGUGGCUAAUUUAAGGGGAGUUGGUGACGCUGCCAUCUCAAGGCUCUGUGCCUCGGGGGUGGGUUUUAAAUUAUUGACCUUGUACAGUGCUUGUUGGCUCUGGAAGCUGGGGGAUGGGGAGACUGAGUCACAAGCCUUUAAUUUAUUUUAGCAGCUGUGUUUCUGUGAUCCAGGUGUGUGUAGGCAUCGCGGAUGGGGGUUUCAGUUCAAAAGUGAGAUGUCUGGAGAUCAUAUUUUUUUAUAUGGUAUUUCAAUUAAAUUGUUUUGUAUAUAAUGGA